UUAUUAAUCGAAGCGGAUUUGUCGAUUAUAUUGCACCAGGUUGGAAAGUUGGAAUAUUGUCGAGCAUUCAAUCUGAGUAGUUUGGAGAAACCCUCUCGACUCUCGAGUUGUGAACCUCUCAGUAGGAGCCUGUUACGGACGGAGCUCGUUCAAGCUCAUACGAGGGGAAAGGAAAGUAUUUCUAGGAGUCCAUAAUGAGGGAACGACGAAAGACUGACUGGUGUAGUUUUUUUGGUACCGCAGCGUGAGUUGCCUUUCGUGGGGUCGAGAACGCCCUUGGAGGUAGGUAGGCAGGCAUAGAUGAGACCGACUGGGUAUGAUUUGUGUGGGUGCUGCUUGUACAGUAUGUUACAGCAGUAUGUUUGAAUGCACGUGCAUGUAUGAAGUCUGUAGGAGCCUUCUACUUUCCCGUUCGCAGCUACAUACACCAUAGAGUGCCACAAGAGUGCACAUACUGGAAUAUGUUUUGACAUGCUUUCGUCUUUCACGCUCUCGUUACUGGCCUCUUCCCCGCUAAGGACCUUUUUUUGCUUUCAAAUGAGCGAGAAAGAAGAUCAGGCUCACCUGUUUUCGAAAGGCCCCUCGUUCAAGUUCCCAACGUCCUCUUCUUCCACGCCUCCGCCUCUGCCUCCGCCACCGCCACCGUCACCACCAACAUCAUCAUCCUUGUGCGAACGCUCUUGCUCAAAUGUAAAGUCCAAAAAUUAGGCGAUCCAUGCAAUGGCUAUACAUACAGUAGUGGCCUACAAACUUAAGAGAGUGAGUGAGUCGCGAACGGGCUCCGAAGAUGGCCAGGGUCCAGGUGCUUUGGAAUAUAACAGUGUGGUGAGGAACACACUCCCUCACACACUCGCUAACUCACGACCCGAGUCCCGCUCUGUCUAACUAACUCUGAGACUUCACGAUGAGUCGUUGGAAAGGACUCCACUUCUCGAAUCGACUUGUGGUUAUUACUUAUGAAUUAGACAUUGGGACUUGGUGAGUUCAUGAGGAAGGGAGCCUGGUGCCCGUGCCAGUUGUUCCAAGAAACAUUGGGUGAAAGCGCGAUCCUUUAAUACGCGACAAUCUAGGCACAAGGGGGGGAAUGUCCUUGCUAGCCGAGAAAGACUCGUUCUUGUCCAUGGCCUCAACCGAGAGUACUCCCUUUCAAUCUCCCAUCGAGAUGACGUUACGGAAGCAUCCCGCUCACACGGAUAUCGUGACCAUGGAGGAGGUCAGACUUAUGUCCAAGACCGAGUUCAAGAAACUCGAGCACGACCUCCGCACCGAGGCGCUCUUCGGGACCAUUUUCAACAUUGUUCCAAUCACCAAUCAAAUGUCCAACGGGAUCAAUCGCCUCUCUCGCAGACUAGCCGCUUUAGAGGAACGCUUCCUCCAAUCCAAGCUCCGCCCAGACACAGCUAUCAGUCGAACCAAGGUCAUCGAAGUCGGAGGCAAGUUGGGCGAGGAUGAUGGAUCCGAACCUGAUUAUGACGAGAUGUUGCUGGCCUCUCCUGGCAGGACCUCGACCUUCGAAUCCCGUCCAGAGCCCUAUGUGAUUGAACGGAGUCGGUGCAUGCAUCAACGAGUCAUUCUCAACGUAGGUGGAGAACGACACGAAGUCAUGUGGAAGACGCUCAAUUUCCUGCCCAAAUCCCGACUGGGACGACUCAAGAGUUCCAAAACCCACGAGGAGAUCCUGGAGGUUUGCGAUUCGUAUUCACUGGUCGACAAUGAGUACUUCUUCGAUCGACAUCCGCGCUCCUUCAAAUCCAUUCUGAAUUUCUUUCGCACCCACAAACUUCAUGUGGUGGACGAGAUGUGUGUGAUGGCCUUUGGCGAAGAUCUCGAGUAUUGGGGAAUCGACGAAUACUACUUAGAGUCGUGUUGCCAGCAAAAGUUCAAUACUCGUCGAGAGCACAUCGAGGACGAAAUGAAGAAGGAGGCCAACAACCUGAAGAAAGAGGAUCCUGAGGAGUGGGGUGACGGUCGAUGUGUCAGUUACCAGAGGUUCCUGUGGGAUCUCAUGGAAAAGCCCCAUACGUCAUUUGCAGCCAAGAUUGUCAGUGUGAUCUCCAUUACGUUCAUCGUGGUGUCCACUAUUGGGAUGACCUUGAACACCAUGCCGAGUGUGGCUGAUAUCGACGAGAAUGGCGAACCCACGGACAAUGCUCAGUUGGCAAUGAUUGAGGCCGUGUGCAUCACUUGGUUCACCAUCGAAUACCUACUCAGACUCGCAGGAGCGCCCCAGAAAUGUGCUUUCAUCAAAGGCGCCAUGAACAUCAUUGAUGUACUCUCCAUCAUGCCUUACUUCAUCUCCAUCUUUCUGAUUGAGUCGAAUGCCAAUGCGGAGUCCUUUGACAACAUCAGACGGUUGGUGCAGGUGUUUCGCAUUGGAAGGAUUUUGAGGGUGUUCAAAUUGGCUCGCCAUUCCACUGGCCUUCAAGCCUUCGCCUACACGUUGAAAAACAGUUUCCGUGAGCUCGGACUCCUCUGCCUGUUCAUUGCCAUGGGGGUGCUCAUCUUCUCAAGUUUAUGCUACUUCGCCGAAAAGGACGAAGAAGAAACGGCUUUCACGAGCAUCCCGGCCUCAGCAUGGUGGGCUCUAAUCACCAUGACCACUGUUGGGUAUGGAGAUCUCGCUCCGGCCACACUCUUGGGGAAAAUCGUCGGGACUUGUUGCGCCAUUAGCGGAGUACUUGUAAUGGCACUUCCCAUUCCCAUUAUUGUGAACAAUUUUGCCGACUUCUAUAAUGAACAGAUCAAGCGAGAAAAGGCCGCCAAGAGGAAAGAGGAAAGGGAAAAGAAACGCAAAGAGGAAGAAAAUCCAUCCAAGCGGGGAUCACUCGCUCCGGAAUCUCAGAUGGGCGGGAUUAAGUCGUCAUCAGCCCGAACUCGUGCAUCGCUCACCUUCCAAGAAACCAGUCCAGUGGUGGCUUUAAAUCAUACCAGCACGUGAAAUCACAUACCACUUUGAUUGGACACUCAAGGGACCACCGAUCAAUCAUGCUAUCGAUUUGAAGGGGAUCAAACGAGGGGGAAAAACGAACAAAACAAACGCAUUUGGUUUCACUCACGUUUUCCUAUUUCAACCGCAAAUAACAGAAAUAUUAGAAAUAUGUUCAUACAAAUCAUUGACACAAUGGU